AUGGAGAUGGUAUACAUCAACACAUCUCAGGUUCCAAAUCUUAUGCCAAGGUCAAAUAAUGAAAUGAUGAUGGAAUUGGGUGAGGAGCCAGCUAUCACUGACCUGGUGCGGAAGACUCAUAUGAAAAGUGAUGGCACGUUUGUAUACAAGCGUGCACAGAGGAUUAUUGAAGAAGUUGAGUCUAUUGUUGUUUCAGAACACCCCAGCACUGAUGAGACUGAUAGCCAAGGCUCCAACUCAGAAGCAUCAAUCACACCACUUGUGAGAGAUGAGGCUUUUUACAAGGUGGUCAAGCCACACAAAGGCAGGCUGUUUGGACUUGGAACAACACAAAUGGAGAACUAUGAUCACAUUGCUCCACCUGCCGUUGUUCUUACUCGUAAAGCUCAAUUGGAGAAAGAGGUGAUUAAUCUUACUGGAAUGGUCAAGUUGAUGAGCCAGCAGCUCACUGCUUUGUGUGAAGCUAGAGAAGUGACAGCCUCUGAUGCAACUACCAACCCUGCUCCAUCUUCACCUCCUACCACAAAUGAGCCGAGAAUCUAG